CCGGGAAGCAUGGGAUGGCCGCUUUUCGGUGAAACUCUUCACUUUCUCAAGCCUCAUUUUUCGGGUUCCCCCGGAAUCUUCCUGCAACAACACUGCUCUAGGUACGGGAAGGUUUUCAAGUGCCAUCUAUUUGGUUCGCCGACCAUAGUUUCAUGCGACUUUGAGCUCAACAUGUUCGUUCUUCAGAACGAAGAGAAGCUCUUCCAGGCCAGCUACCCCAAACCUAUUCAUGGCAUUCUUGGCAAGUACUCUUUGCUCACCGUCUCCGGUGACCUUCACCGGAAGCUACGGAACAUUGGCGUCAGCUUCAUCGCCUCUUCCAAGUCCUCGCCUCAUUUUCUCCACUGGAUCGAGAAGCUGUCGAUCUCCAUGAUGGACUCGUGGAGUGGUAGGAAUGAAGUCUCCUUCUUCAAAGAAGCUAAAGCUUUUACACUUCGUCUUAUGGUGAAGCACUUGUUGAGUGUUAACCCGGAGGAGGCACUAGCGUCGAGGAUACUAGAAGACUUCCAAACGUACAUGAGAGGGUUUGUUUCUCUGCCGAUAAAUCUCCCUGGAACCGCUUAUGCUAAGGCUGUCAAGGCUAGAGCGAGGCUUUCUUCGAGCGUCAAGGAGAUUAUGGAAGGAAGGCGAAAACGGAGAAGCGGAGAGCUUGAAGAAUUAGGAGAAGGAGAAGGAGACUUUUUAGAUGCGAUACUGUCGAAACAAAGCCUAAACGACGACGAAAUAGUAAGCAUUGUGUUGGACAUAAUGCUGGGAGGGUACGAGACAACCUCAACACUCAUGGCCUUGAUUGUCUAUUUUCUUCAUCAUUCGCCAAUUGCUUUGGCCAAACUAAAGGAAGAACAACAAGCUAUAAGGAAAAACAAAAAGGAUGAGAGUGCUCCCUUAGACUGGGAAGAUUACAAGAAAAUGGAGUACUCUUACAAUGUUAUUUAUGAAGCCAUGAGAUGUGGCAAUGUAGUGAAAUUUGUGCACAGGAAAGCUCUUCAAGAUGUGAAAUUUAAAGAGCUUGUGAUACCGUCUGGAUGGAAGGUUCUUCCGAUCUUCACCGCGUCGCAUAUGGAUCCAGAUCUUCAUAAGAAUCCUGCCCAAUUUGAUCCUUCGAGAUGGACUGGUCAGGAUCUUUCCAAAGAAAUGAGCAGAAAAGUGACACCGUUUGGCGGAGGAGCAAGGCUUUGUCCAGGAGCUGAGCUCGCUAAAGUAGUCAUUUCCUUCUUCCUUCAUCAUCUGGUCCUUAGAUAUAGAUGGAAAACGAAAUCCGAUGAGUGCCCUCUUGCUUACCCCUAUGUUGAAUUCCGAAGAGGUUUAAUGAUAGAGAUUGAACCUGCUGCAGCCGGAGGUGACUCGAUGGAUCUACUACUGGGAAAGAUGAAAUUGCGCUCUUGA